CGGACUGACCAGCAAAAGCGGUGGAUUACUCUACCUCACCUACGAUGUAGCUUAAAAUUUCCACUUCCGCUUCCGCCUUCAUACCCUCAUUGUAGUUUGCAAACGGAUUUAACUAAAUAUACAGCCUAAAAAAAAACAGCUUUAGUUUUAUAAUUUCAGAAAUGGAAAUAUCAGACGGAAGCUGUUCUACUGCAUCCAUGUCGUGCACGCUCGGUGACCUGUCACAGCCCGAUGGUAGUGCUUCAUUAACUCAUGGAAAUACGCAGGUUGCAGCUGCAGUUUAUGGACCUUGUGAAGUCAGACUUUCCAAAGAGUUUCCGGACAGAGCCACCAUCGAAGUGAUUCACAAACCAAAAGUAGGGCUACCUAGAUGUGAAGACAAACUCCGUGAAACCCUUCUUAGAAGCAUAUUUGAGACUGCUGCUCUGACUGCACUCCAUCCCCGAUCAUCAAUACAAAUAAUCAUUCAGGAGAUAGAAGACCAAGGUGGCCUGCUGGCUACAAGUAUCAAUGCUGCUUGUCUUGCACUUCUGGAUGCUAGUAUUAGCAUGAAAUUUCUUGUAGCUGCUGUUACAGCUAAAGUCAAGCAUGAUGGAUCUGUGCUUUUACUGCCCCAGGAAGGAUCAACAGAAAAGGAUAGUCUUGGUAUUAUCACAUUUGUGUUCAGAGAGCCUGACAAGAGUGUUGUGUGCAGCUUCACAUCAGUAGGAACACUCUCUCUUCAGCAGCGUAAUCAGUGUCUUUCCUUGUGCCAGGAAGCAUGUGAUACAGUUUUUAAAUUCUAUAGGGAGUGUCUAGAAAACAAGUUUUCAAAGAUAAAAUAACAUAAAACUUAAACUCGUAGAAGACACAAAUGUUUGAAUGCAGGGGGGGGGGGGGCGCAAGGUAAGGGUUUUGUGUUCCCUAUAUUUCCUGAACCUAUCUUAGGGCAAUGCUCCACAUGCAUCAGAACUUACAUAAAAUGCUUCAUGGCUCCUCAGAGUUGUGUGCGUGCAAAUUUCAGAUGCAGGAGGUACUUCUGCACUAACAAAAAAAAAUCCAUAAGCAUCUGGCUGAGAAAUCACCCUUUGUGGGACUGGCUGAUUUGCCAGAGACAGGUGGUCAUGGUUUUAUAGCUCAUGGAAAUGCCUAGUUUAUUUCUAAUAUCUGUGGACCUUAUUUAAAAAAAAUAUGGACCCAUUAUUUUGGUAGUAUUGCAUUUGUGUACAGAAAGACUAGUGUGAUAUACCUGGCUUCACAGAAGCAUUCACUUCAGCAGCAUCUGCAGAUGUUUGUCCAUGUGGCAAAAGGCAUUUCAUGCAAUUUUUAAAUUCUGUUUUGUCUAGAAGACACAUUCUUAAAACGAUAAAAGAAAGGUAAAGUUCAUCCCCUAACCUUUUCAGGUUUUUGUGGGUAGGACCACUUUUCUCAUGGGAGUGGGGGGGGGCAGCUUUACCUGAGGGUGGUGCCCAUCUUCUCUCCCUCACUGCCUUACCUUCCCCAACCCUCUGUGGAGUUGGGUACCCAUUUUUAAGUAAAUACCAUUAACCAGAAAAGUGUGUAUAUGCAUGUAAAGCUAAAAAUGAAAGGAUUAACAGGAUUCUUAAGCUGUUUAAAGCCUGUCACUACUUUAAUGAAAACCUGAAGGGAUCUUUUAGGUUCACUCUUUUAAAAGUUUGUAAUACUUUAUCAUGGCUGUCCCUCACAUGACAAAUGUUCAAAAUUUAAUUCUGUAAAGAUGGUAAAUAAGAAAACUAUUUCUUGGGAAGCACUGCAACUUGCAGGCCACACAAAACAUAACAUGUAUCAGAUCUAUGGUGGGUAAAAUGACUGCAAUUCCUUUUAUGAUGAUUACUCUUGAUACUAUUGCGCAAUGAGUGAUAGAGAUGAAUCAUUGCAUCCAUCAUUUAAAGUAUCAUUCCCCCCUCCUCUGUUCAAAAUUUUUUUUAUUUAAAUAAAAUACUAACAUGUUUACAGGUAUUAAGAGUAAGUAGGCCCACUUUUUUGAAGGUUUGGUGAUCUAUUUCAUAUAUAAUUUCUGGGGUUUUUGUUCCCACAUUGUUAUGCUCAGCUUCUCCAACAGCAGUAUCUUAAGAGUUUCAUUCACUGAAUCAUCUGUAAUGUAAGAUGAUCAAAGGUGAAGAUUUUAAAGUCCACCCAGCAAACUCUGCCUUAGAUGACACUUGACAAUGAUAGGCAUUAGGCAGGUUUCGGAAAUUAGGGCCCUGGGAGGCCCAUGCAAUUCAGCCGCCUCCUCUUGCAAAGCUUUUGUUGUUUCAUGAAGACUAAGACAUUGACAAUCCAAAUGUUUUGAUCAGAUUGAUUUGUAUGCAUCUCCAUAAUUAGGGGUGUCCAUUAAAGGGAAAUAUCUCCAUG